CCGAGGGCGCUUGAAUGUAGCAGUCUUGCGUACAACGGUUGGCUGGCUGUUACUGGCGAGAAAAUAGUGCCACUGGUAAUUUGACACUCAGGUCACUGGUAAAAAUGACUUUUUAACGGUGACAACUUCGAAGUUUAGAGUCGCUGGUUCGAGCGAGGGGACCUUGCCACCUCCUGCCUGAGCGGCGAAAAAAGAAAGCACCUGGGCAAGAGAGCGUUCACCGUUGUCUGCAUUAUGUCAAAACUACCAGGCAACGCAGGUGUGUCGCUGCUCGGGGACAAGUCGCUGGACUUCUACCGGGACCCGAUGCUCUUCUGCCGGGAGAAGAUGGAUAAACACGGUAGCAGGGUGUUUCAAAGCCGCUUGAUGAACAGACCCACCGCCUUCGUGUGCUCGGCGCAGGGGAUGAAGGAGCUGCUGUGUGAGAAGUCCAAUGUGUUUCUGAAGGAUCCGACUGAUGUGAUGACCAAUAUGUACGGUGACACCAUUGUUACCACUAACGGUGAAGAAGCGUGUCUUCUCCGUCUGUCUCUCACCAGCUUGUUUAGAGGAAGUUGUUUAGAAUCGUCAAGUGAUUACAUCACCAGUGUGUGUGAACAGUGUCUCAAGGAUCUCGUCCACAGUGGUGAGCCAAGGUGUGUGUACACUGCAUUUAAGCAGCUUGGGACAGAGUUGGUUUUAGGUAUUUUUCUCAACGUACAUGCUGACGAGCAGCCAGAACUUUUCCAGAAAAUCACACAGCUCUGCACUCAGCACUGGCAUGGUCUCAUCUCUGCUCCAGUAAAUGUAAAGGUCCCUUUGUGGUCAUCUGGUUUUUCCAUGGCCUUGGAGGCCAGAGACCAGCUGAUGGAAAUCAUCAAAGAGAAACUGGAGAAUGACGCAGAGGGUUUUGUGGGCUCCCUGAGGUCUCUGCCGCUGCCCGGCUCGGGCUGUGCUUCCCAGCAUCUCCUUCUGUUCAUCUCAGCCCUCAUCCCCAAAGCUCUGGCAUCACUACUCACCUCGUUCACUGUGGCUCUCAGUGGAAAAGAACAGAAACCGUCACUCUUUCAGGAGGAAACCCGUCGACGAGCGUUGAUGGAUGCUGAUUAUCUGCAAGGAGUCUUGCUGGAAGUUCAGAGACUCUGGCCUCCUUUCAUUGGUGGACGCAGGAUAGCAGAAAAGGACACUACCCUUGCAGGUUUUCAUGUCCCAAAGGGAUAUGGUGCAAUCUAUAUCAGUCAUGCCAUCCACCGGGACCCGCAGGUGUUUGAGCAGCCUGACAGCUUCCUGCCAGAGAGAUGGAGCGGAAGGAAUGCAGACCACAAGCACUUCCUUUGUUCCUUUGGCAGUGGAUCUCGAAACUGCAUUGGUAUUAAACUUACGAAUGUCUUCCUUAAGGAAGCAUGCACGUUCCUCUUAACGCACUAUGACUGGUGUCUGGACCCGCCAUCACAAAACCUGGACUACAAAUGGCUGCCUGUGUCUCGGCCCGCGAACCCCCCCACUGUCUCCUACACUCGAAUGGACGCAGCCAGAACUGAGGGGAACAACACCACAUAGAGAAAAAAACAUACAGAACUGGGUAGUAAAAACUCAAAUGCACAAUAGGGGACGAAAGCAAACCCAAAGAGCUUUCCCCUGCUGCUCAUUGCACAUGAAGCAUCAUGGGAAAGACUGUUUUUGCUCGCUGUGAUCCUCUGAAUGGUGUGCAAUAAGAUAAAUACAUUGUUGACUAUAUCACUAUUUAAUAACAAGGUUACAAAAAUAAACAGAACUAUAGUUGCCGCCAUGAGAUUGUCACCAUAGCUUUUGUGGAACACAAUUCCCUGUUACACCUAUCCUUUUGCAGUAGUGUAGUAGUGCAUUAAAACACACACACAUUGAGGGUAAGCCCUCAGAUUCCAUCAGUGACUGCAAAAGUGUCUCCCCAAUAGCCCCUCCUUUUCUCCACGCUUCACCACCUACCAACCAGCGCUGCUUAGCAACAGUUCGUCAUACCGACACUGACUUGCUUCCUUUUAGUAUGCUCACACACACACACACACACACACACUAACCUGGUUAUUUUUUAAAUGAUUCAGGUGGCUUGUCUUGUGAAUCACAUGUUAAAGAUGCCAGAAUGUGUUUCACAGUUCCAAAAGAAAUGACCUGGAAGAAAAAAACAGAUUAUUUUCAGCUCAUGAAUCAUCGCCCUAGUGAGAUCAACGCUCAUUUGAUAUCUCAUACGGACAAUUAGCAAACGAUUUACUCUGCACGCAGCACUUCCAUGUUUGGGGUCAGGAGGUAUGCUAACUUCCGGUUGCCAGGCAAACGUAUAGUGAUAAAUAUGACAGCAUAAACUAUUCAAUGUAUACUCGCUGUCUGCUGGAAUUACAUAAAGUUACAGUGUAGGACGUACAGGUAUUACCUUUAUAAAUGCUACAGUUAUCCCAAGUGUCAACGACACAAUCAAAGGAUCCUUAUCUAAUUUAUCGAGUCAAUCGCAGUUUCAGAGUACAUGCAGGUCCGUGUGGACUUAGACUUGCACGGCUUUAUCUGUGAGACACUCAACUCAACUUUCUUUACAGAGCACUUCCACUUUGAAAAACAACUACACCUGUAACAGCGCUGUACAUAAACGAUUCAACCUAGAAUUGCCUUUAUUGUAAUUGUUUGGUACAGAUACAACAAAAUUGGGUUUAUGCAAACAAAACUCAAACAAUUAUUUAAAAAAAUAUUAAGCAUAUAAAACUAGCAGGAUCACUCUUGUCAUGGCUCAAGAGUUUCUUGAACUAUUGCGUAUGUAUACCUAUAACACAACCCCACGUUAUCACACAUUUUAAAGAAUAAGGUUAUGUUUCCAUCAGCUGGCGUUCCAAUAGCUUGAAAAAUAUAGACACAGGAAACUCAUAGACUCCGAACCUUUCCACCGGAAAUGCUUAGUGUUGUUGUGUAUAUGGUCCAUCAGUUAGGAAUUAAGAAUCAGGAAUUAACGUUCAUUUUUUGGGUCUUGUUACAUGUCUUUCACCCACAAAAUCUAGCACUGUCAAAGGUCAUGUCCUACAAGAUGUUUCGUAAUUAUAUAAUGUGGGAUUAUUUUUGUAUUGAUUUUUUUAUUUUUUUUUUGUAUUGUGUUUAGUUAUUUAAAUAUCACUGAAUUUGUCAAGUUGUUUUUAUUUGGGAUUUGGAUCCUUAAAUAUAUUCCACUGUUGUUCUAUUAGCAUAGAUAAAAAAUUAAAGCAUGGUAAAAUUAGUAGUACAAAAGUAGUGGUAAAUUAGUUAAAUGUAUCAAGAUUUUUUUUCACUGGAAGAAUGGAAAUUAACAGCAAUAUUAAACAUUUUACAUGCUCAGAUAUAUGAUUUUGUCUUGCGCUUUGCCACUUAACAGACCAUACUGUGCUUUGCAUGAACACAUGCACACACUGAAUCAUAUUACUACAGACGUGAACACUUCACAUAUACACACGGACACGUCCUUGCAGACGACGCACAUCACACUGCAUCUGGCUUGUUAAGAGUAGGAUGACUCACUGCCCUUCAUCCUCCAGCAACAUCUCCCAACAGUAAUUAAGGACAACAGGCCACAACCACUCUUCCUCCUGCCUCCUUCCUUUUUAUGAUGCCUUUUUCCUUUGUUUCUUUUAUUCCGCUGGAUCAAUUUAAAAGAGGGUGAGCACAAUGGCAGACAAAACAUUCAACACGCUGUCAUAAGUGUUGGAAAGGAAACGUCACUGCAUUCUCAGUAAAGUUUUGACUUGUGUGAAUCAUAGCCAUUGAUGUAAAAAAAACUUUUUUUGCAGUUUGAAAAGUGUGUGAAUUUACAAUGAAGUGUGAAUGGUUAUUAUUUCUUUAACAAUACAAAUCCAUCUGACUGAAUAAUUUGCUAAUUUGAUGGAGAAAUAAAACAUUGAAUGUGCAUGAAUGUAGACACAAAACGUGAUUUCCAUUUGUUUGUACUUUCUUUCCUACUAUGAAACUAUGUUUGUUUUUAUAGCACAAUACUUUUUUUUAGGAAAACGUAGUAGUACAGUAUAAUUAUUAUUUAUAUACACUUAAGUGUGCUUUUUAUCACACCUGUAAGAUUGAAUAUAUUUUUUAAACUCUAUCUUUCUAGAAAACUGACAAUUUCUGAUUUAAAACGAUUUACAAAUAGAUUUGUAAAAUAAUAGCCAACUACAAUAUUUACUUUACCUAGUUAAUGUGAGUUUUGCUUCUGAACCUCAGCACGCAGCGUGGGCACAUCCAGGCAGUUAGAUGUUUCCUUCAUCUUCACACACAAUUAUAAGCUGCCAUCUGUGAUCUUUG